AUGAAAGAGUUCCAGAAAGUCUUCAGCGCGACCCUCCGAAACCAUGCCACCAAUGGAACCAAUCCAAGUUCUAGUGGCAGUGCAACAGGACAUCUUGCAGGUGCAUCCACAUAUUCAGACACUUCAUUCACAUCCAGGAAGCGCAGCUUGAGUGGAGAUGGCUCAACUCCCCCAGAUGAUGGCGACGAUUCAAAUAAAAGACGUAGGCCAGACUCUGUAUCUAAAGGCAAGCAGCCUAUUUCGGAACUGCGAUUCGCAUGCCCUUAUUACAAGCGCAACCCAGGUAGACAUCAAACCUUCACAUCUUGCAGGGAUCCAGGCUUCACUACAGUCGCGAGAUUAAAGGAGCAUUUGUACCGGCGACACUUACUACCACCACAAUGCCAUCGUUGCUGUACAACCUUCACCAAUGAUGUUGCACUUCGAGAACAUCAACGCGAUCCGAGUGGUUGCGAACUGCGUGAGCAGAUACCGCUGGAAGGUUUUGACAAAGAACAAGAGAAAAGGAUGAAAAGCAAGAAAGGCAGCCAGAUGCACCACAGUGAAAUAGAGAAGUGGAAAGCUGUAUACCGCAUCUUGUUCCCAGAUGACAAUGAUGCAGAUAUGCCAAGUCCUUACAUCGAAUACAAACGUAAUACUGCGAAUGCAGCCGAGUCAUCGAACAGCGCCCGGUUCCAAGAGUUCUCGCGUCUCGAGCUCCCACGUCUCGUACGCCGUACACUAGAGAGUAUAGUAGAACAUGAGGCUCAACCACUGGAGGACAGGCUGAAAGAACGACUAGUGGACAUUGUUAGGCAAUGUCAGAUGCAGCUUGAGACAAUGUUUCAAACAGCUGCUAGGCCAAGCAAUACGAGGGUAGAAGGUACUCUGAGCUCGAGAGCUAUAAUGUCGGAGCAAAUCGUCGAGCGCCCCAUUGAUGCGCAUCUACCUACCACGCUCAACGACUUUGUAUCAACAGAUUUGCAAACAAAACCAGAAGUCAAGCCAUCUCAACUACAGAUCUGCGAACCGUCUUGUCAAGGCGGAGGAGUCCCUGAGAUAACCGAUCCCAUAUCUGAUUCUUCAGAUUCGGGCUACGACUCUAUCAGCAUAGCUGCUUUGUCCGCUACCGGUGUUCAUAACGAGUUGCCUCAAGAACACUUCGACCCAAAUCAGUAUCUUGAUCUCAACGAUUACCCACACUUUCCUCAAGUGACAGCGGGUACCACGGUACACUCGACGCAGACAGACGCCAAUGACGACCACUCGAUGUGGUUUCUUGUAGAUAAUCUUCCAGGUACCAAUUAUGCAGACUCGGGCGAUCUGGACUGUGUGCAUGGGUUAGAUCACGUCUGGUAA